AUGUCGAAGCUUGAAGAGAAAAGCAUAGACGCGGACGUCGUCCUCGCUGAUGACCUCUCCUUGGAUGAGGAGCACAGGAACCUCGGCGGAGCCCCCAUUGAGGACUCGAGUCCGAUGGGGAAGGAUGUUGGUUGGUGGACGGCGGUCUUGUUGAACUUUUCGAUGAUGAUUGGGACCGGGAUUUUUUCGACGCCCGGAACUAUACUCAGGCAGACCGGUUGUUUUGGAUUGGCUAUCAUUUUUUGGAUUAUUGGGUUCUUCCUUAGUGCCGCGGGUUUAUCAUACUACACCGAAUACCUCGCCAUGUUCCCGAAUAGGGCUGGUGCGGAGGUGGCUUAUCUGGAACAGGCAUAUAGUCGGCCCAAGUUUCUAUUGCCAGUGACCUUUGCGUUCAUUACAGUCGUUCUUAGUUUUGCGAGCUCUAAUGCUAUAGUGUGCGCCGAAUACAUACUCUACGCGAACGGUCAAGAAACAUACAAUGAAUGGACUAUGCGAGGAAUAGCAAUAGCCGCCUAUGGAAUUGCUUGUAUCAUCGUCAUCUCCCACAACCGCACAGCAAUGUGGAUCUCCAACGUUCUCGGCUUCUUCAAAGUGGUCAUCCUGUGUUUCAUCGUCGUCACGGGAUGGGUCGUCCUUGGAGGCGGUACGCGUGUCGAGGAUCCCAAGAGCCAUUUCAAGAAUGGAUUCAGCGGGAUAAAUAAUAACGGAAAUGCAAUGGCGAGCGCUAUGAUUAAUGUCAUCUUUUCGUAUGCGGGUUGGAAUAAUGCCAACAACGUCGCCAACGAAAUGUCACGUCCUGUACACACGCUCAAGACAGCAGGUCCAUUCUCCCUCGGCCUAGUCUUCUUCCUUUACUUCUUUGCAAACAUCGCCUACGUCGCUGCUGUCCCCGUAUCAGAAGCCAAGAAAUCCGGCCAACUCCUCGCCGCCAAAUUCUUCUCGGCAGUAUUUGGUACAUAUGCAGGGACGAGGGUAUUACCUGUUUUCGUGGCUCUGUCGGCAUUUGGAAAUUUGGUUUCCGUGGCUAUUGGGCACGGCAGGGUGUUUAGGGAGGUAGCGCGACAAGGGGUGUUUCCAUUCAGCCGUUUCUUCGCCAGUACCAAACCAUUUGGUACCCCCGCCGCUCCAAUGCUGCUCAAGUUUAUUCUCACAACAAUUGUGAUCAUCGGACCUCCCAUCGGUGACGCGUUCAACCUUAUUGUAUCCAUCCAGACGUACCCUAGCCGACUUUUCGAUCUGGCUAUGGUCACUGGCAUCUACUGGAUCCGGCGGAGAAGGGCCAAGGCUGGUGUGCCCAGGCCCGAGUUCCGCACAUGGCACAUCGCGCUGUGGUUCUCGAUCGCGGUGAAUAUAUUCGUGUUGGUGGUGCCGUGGUUACCGCCUGCGAAGAAUGCGGAGCCAUUUUCGUUUCCGUAUUGGGUACCUUGGGUCACCGGAAUCGGUAUCUUGGCACUUUGCUUCGCUUAUUGGGUUUCAUGGAUGCACAUUGCUCCGUGGUUGUUGGGGUAUAAGGUAUACGAGGAGGUGGUUGAGUUGGAGAAUGGGGAGUUGUCGAAGAGGUUUGUGUAUGUCUAUCAUGAUCAUCGUGGGGAUGAGUUUAGGGAGCGGCUGAGGUUGGAGGCGGAGAAGCUGAAGGCGCAGGAGAAUGGGAGUCUGGAGCAGAAGGUGGAUGUGACGGUUUGA